AUGCCGAAAGAGAAUGUCUACAACUUUGGACUGGUAAGAGUGACUCCUGAAUCUACUAAUCUCCACAGCUACACUUCAAGUAUUCUUGGCUUCAAGAUCAGUCUACUAUUGAUGUACCUUCGAUUCAUGACCAAAGGCGCUGCACGCACUACUACGAUAGCAUUCAUCAUCGCUUGCGUGUUGUUCCAUCUUUCAUUUCUCCUCGUUCAGAGCAACUUAUGUCAACCGGCUGUAAAGCAAUGGGACCCUAGGAUCACUUGGGGUAGAUGCCUGCCUGCUGUCCCGUUUUACACCAGCAUGGCAUCCCUUAUGAUCCUGUUCGAUAUCACGGUUAUGCUUCUACCGUUCCCGGUGCUGCUCCGCAGUCAUGAUCAAAAGCGAAAGAAGGUUGCUUUGCUGGGUCUUCUAGCCCUAGGUACAUUCAUCACAAUCAUCCAUGUCAUUCGCAUUCGAACGGUCAAGAAUCUCGCCAACUACCUCGACUCGGCGAACCUGAUCUUGUGGUCAACGGUCGAGACCAAUCUUGGCAUAAUCGUGGCUUCCAUACCUACACUUGGACCUCUUCUCAAGUACUACGCUGAGAAGACACCAAAGGGCUAUACAGCGAACUCUAACAGUCAUCCACGGUCAUUAUACGCGCUGAAGCCAAGAUACGGAACAAGAGAAGGUUCUUUCCCGCUCGGUAGCGGUGGAGCAGGAAGCGAAGAGUUCAUCCUUUGUGAUGUUGCUACAAUAACAAAUAGGACAGAGGUUACAAUUUCAACUUGUGCCAAAGAAGGGCCGCAUUCGGUCAUGUGUUAG